CGACUCCUAGGUCCACGUGACGAUUGUUUCUCAUUAGCGCCGGGGCGGAGGACCAUGGAGCCGAGCCCCGGAGCCGGGCCGGGCCCGGGGCCUGUGUUGUUGCUGCUGCAGCUGCUGCUGUGGUUGGGGCCGCGCACCCUCGCCAGCGCGGGAAAAAUGAAGAUCGUGGAGGAGCCGAAUACCUUCGGAUUGAAUAACCCCUUCUUACCGCAGACCAGUCGAUUACAGGCCAAGAGAGACCCAUCAGCAGCCUCAGGUCCUGCACAUCUCUUUAGGCUUUCUGGCAAGUGUUUCAGUUUAGUGGAAUCCAUGUAUAAGUAUGAAUUCUGUCCCUUCCACAAUGUCACACAGCAUGAACAGACUUUCCGUUGGAAUGCCUACAGUGGAAUUUUGGGAAUUUGGGAUGAAUGGGAAAUUUUCAACAACACAUUUAUUGGCAUGUGGAUGAGAGAUGGAGAUUCCUGUGGGUCUAAGAACAGGCAGACAAAGGUGGACCUUGCCUGUGGAAAAAGUCAUAAACUGGCACGAGUUUCUGAACCAAGCACUUGUGUUUAUUCUCUAACCUUUGAGACACCUCUGGUUUGCCACCCACAUGCUUUGCUAGUGUAUCCAACCUUACCAGAGAAUUUACAGCAGAAGUGGGAUAAAACAGAACAGUCUCUUGCUGAUGAACUAAUUACCCUACAGGGAUAUGACAAACUGCUGAAAGAGGUGUUUGAAGAAGCAGGCUAUUUAAAAGCCUCAACAGAAAAGGAGCCUGCACAUUUAGAGGGAGAUGCCAAAAGUCCUGAAUUUGAAACCUUGGAGAAAUGUAAUAAGGAACAUGAAGAACUUUCCAAGGAAAUAAAAAGACUGAAAGAUUUGCUAACUCAGAAUCACAUUGCAUAUACAAAGGACAGAGAAAGUACCAGUGCCGAACAUUUGGAUUACAAGAAAGCUGCAAUCAGUUCCUCAGUUUGGAGUAAUACCACAGCUCUGGAGCAUCUUCGAGGAGACACUGGCCUUCAAAAUGAUCCUGUGACAGUUCACAGGCAGAAGGCCUGAGCAUUCUAUAUUGAGGCAUAUCUCUGUACAGGAGGGAACCACACAAUCUUUUAGCUUUAAGGUUGCUUUGGUGCUCCUGGGAGUCUGAACCCUCUCCCUACUAGACCUAGUUCUAGAAAACUAUCUCCCCUCUUUCAUGGACAUCCCAUUGUUCCAUCUCAAGAAACCAUGAGGUAAAUGAAGAGGACCUUGGAGACCAAGUAAGCUCCCUUGCCCACAGAUGAUAGAAAGAAAAAAAAGUCAAAUAGUGAAACUCGAAAGAGAGCAACAGUCAUAGGGCAAAGCUGAGGCUCUUUGGUGCUAAUGAAAGUUUAAGGCAAAGAAUAAAAACACUACAGGGAAAAGUAAAUAUUUUGUACAAUAAAGUAUGGAAUACCCCAUAAAUGAA